CUUUGGUUCCCAUAGGACUCUCAGAAUUCUUGAUGACCCUUUUCUCCUUUCCUCUUCAAUCAAAAUUUUGAGAGCAUAUUAGUUGGAAUAUAUAAUUAUAAAAACCUUUCUAUCCAUGGCUGCAGGCUUUUGGCUUCUUGUUUUGGUUGCUGUUGUUGGUUUUUUGAUGGCCCUUGUCCUGAACCAUUUCUUGCCCUUGUUCUUGAAGUAUGGCCUUGCGCUAAAAGGAACAUUUGGGUGGCCUAUUAUUGGAGAAACACUUGGUUUUUUACAGCCUCACUCUUCCAAUUCUAUUGGCACAUUUCUUCAAGAACAUUGCUCUAGGUAUGGAAAAGUGUUCAAGACACAUUUGUUCUUUUGUCCCACUGUGGUGUCCUGUGACCAGGAGCUUAACUACUUCAUACUUCAGAAUGAGGGCAAGUUUUUCCAGUGCAGCUAUCCGAAGCCUAUCCAUGGUAUUCUUGGCAAUUUAUCUAUGCUGGUUGCAGUGGGAGAAACUCACAAAAGACUCAGAAAUGUGGCCCUUUCUCUAGUCAGCAUCACCAAAUCAAAGCCCGAGUUUCUCCAAGACAUAGAGAGAAUUGCCGUUCAAAUUCUGGGUUCAUGGAAAGGCAAACCAAAAGUCAUCUUCCGUGGAGAGGCCAGAAAGUUUACAUUCAAUGUAAUAGUAAAGCUGGUUUUAGGGUUGACACCAGAGGACCCAGAGACAGCCAAAAUUCUAGAAGACUUUCUCACUUUCAUGAGAGGAUUGAUAUCUCUCCCAAUUUGUAUCCCAGGAACUGCAUAUGCAAGAGCUGUUCAGGCUAGAAGCAGAAUAUCUUCUACUGUCAAAGCAAUUCUAGAGGAAAGAAGAAGAAAUAAUGUUGGUGAUAGCCCCAGGAAAAGGAGUGAUUUCCUUGAGAUACUCUUAUCUGUUGACGCCUUAUCUGAAGAUGAAAAAGUGAGUUUUGUUUUGGAUUCUCUGUUGGGUGGCUAUGAAACUACUUCUCUCUUAAUGGCCACCGUGGUGCAUUUUCUUAGCCACACACCCCCUGCAUUAGAUCAAUUAAAGCAAGAGCAUCAGAAAGUAAGAAGCAUGAAGCAGAAAGAUGAGAAGUUGAACUGGGAAGAUUAUAAGAGAAUGGACUUUACUCAAAAUGUGAUCAAUGAAGCUCUGAGAUAUGGGAACAUUGUCAAAUUUGUGCACAGAAAGGCUCUCAAAGAUGUCAAAUUCAAAGGUUACCUAAUUCCUUCAGGCUGGAAGGUACUACCUGUCUUCAGUGCAGUCCAUCUGGACCCAUCCCUCCAUGCGAAUUCCCUCCAGUUCCAUCCUUGGAGAUGGGAGAGCCAAGAUCAGACAUUAUGCAAGAAAUAUACACCCUUUGGAGGGGGACCCAGAUGCUGUCCAGGAUCUGAACUGGCUAAGGUUGAGGUUGCUUUCUUCCUCCAUCACCUUGUGCAAAAUUUCAGAUGGAGAAGUGAAGCAGAUGACCAACCAAUGGCAUAUCCAUGUGUGGAAUUCCAAAGAGGGUUAGUGCUAAACUUGGAGCCAUGUUCUUCAAAUCCUUUGCAGCCUUUUCAAAGUGGGGAAUGAAGGAUGAUAAUAGCACCAUGGAAAAAUUAUGCUUGGCUAUCAUUUUCGGUCUUCUUUUUUUCCCUUUUUUUCCAAUGCCAAUGGAUUACAUUAAGUUGUAACAUAUGUAGUCUUCCUCCCUGUAUAUAAUUACAUAAUGUACUCAACCUUCCUAUGUUACUAUUUCUUUGCUUUUACCAUUUUCGAGCUAAGCCUAAGUGUCAGCAAAAGUUCAUUUCUUGAAAUUUCUCUUAUGACCAAUUAUGUUUUAUGGACUCGAAAUCAACUGUUCAACAUCGG